GAGAACAGAGGAGGCAGAUCUGCCGGUGGGAAUCGGUUUGUUGUCGUUUCUUCACCACUCGCCUUCCGUCGGCGUGGAUACGGUGUCCUCUACGGUUGGGAUUACUGCAGGCACAUUUUUUGGCGCAUGCUGCUGCCAUCACUUCCACUGCUGCAGUGAGCUGAGGAAUCCCCUACGCUAGCGCUGCCCUGUGUGUGUGUGCGUUUUGGGUUUUUAAACGUGAGGAGUUGCCUCCACUUACUCUGGAAUUGUCGGCGUGAAGAAGGUCCCUUUCGGACUGGAGCUUACCUGCACGAGCGGAGCCGGGGAGGGGGAAAGGGAAGAGGGGACAGAGGAGGAGGGGUGAAGGAGACGUGAAGGAGACGUCAGUCGGAGGUGAAGGAGUAGGAGCAGAUUUUUUGCUGGGCCAUUGGCGGCGGCGGCAGGAGGUAUAUUCAGCGGGGGUGCACCCAUGAGGUCGGAGCGUACCAGCCGCGUGUGCAUCGUGGUGUUGGAGGAGGUGGAAGACGACGAGCCAUCCCCCUCCCCCGACCACUCCCCCGUCACCCGCCGUGCCAAAGGCAGCCGGGACCGCGUUUCCCAGCGUGCACCGCGGCCACCGGCACCUAGCGUUCACACUCAGGAAGAAAAGCCUUCACUGCUGAAAGCUAUAUUUAAUGUGGAUCCCGAUGAGGUGCGAUCGCUCAUAUUCAAGAAGGAGGACGUCAACGUGCAGGACAAUGAGAAGAGAACGCCUCUGCAUGCUGCUGCCUACCUGGGAGAUGCUGAGAUCAUUGAGCUGCUGAUUCUGUCAGGAGCGAGAGUAAAUGCCAAAGAUAAUAAGUGGCUGACCCCUCUUCACCGAGCCGUGGCCUCCUGCAGCGAGGAGGCAGUGCAGGUGCUGCUGAAGCACUCGGCAGAUGUGAACGCACGGGACAAGAACUGGCAAACCCCGCUACACAUUGCCGCCGCCAACAAGGCCGUGCGCUGCGCCGAGGCCCUGGUGCCGCUGCUCAGCAACGUCAAUGUGUCGGACCGGGCUGGCCGCACCGCCCUGCAUCACGCUGCCUUCAGUGGUCAUGUGGAGAUGGUGAAGUUGUUACUGUCCAGAGGGGCGAACAUCAAUGCUUUCGAUAAGAAGGACAGAAGAGCCAUUCACUGGGCAGCGUAUAUGGGUCACAUGGAGGUGGUGAAGCUGCUGGUGUCCCACGGUGCAGAGGUGGCCUGUAAGGACAAGAAGGCGUACACUCCCCUACACGCCGCAGCCUCCAGCGGCAUGAUCAGCGUUGUCAAGUACCUGCUGGACCUGGGCGUGGAUAUAAAUGAGCCGAACGCGUAUGGGAACACGCCUCUGCACGUGGCCUGCUACAACGGGCAGGACGUGGUUGUGAACGAGCUCAUCGAGUCGGGCGCCAACGUGAACCAGGUGAACGAGAAGGGCUUCGCCCCGCUGCACUUCACCGCCGCCUCGCGCCACGGCGCCCUCUGCCUGGAGCUGCUGGUGGGCAACGGCGCCGACGUCAACAUCAAGAGCAAAGACGGUAAAACCCCACUUCACAUGGCUGCCAUCCAUGGCCGGUUCUCGCGAUCUCAGGCUGUCAUUCAAAGCGGGGCGGAAAUUGACUGUGAAGACAAGAAUGGCAACUCUCCACUGCACAUCGCCGCGCGCUACGGCCACGAGCUGCUCAUAAACACGCUCAUCACCAACGGCGCCGACACCGCCAAGCGGGGCAUCCACGGCAUGUUCCCCCUGCACCUGGCAGCACUCAGUGGCUUCUCCGACUGCUGCAGGAAGCUCCUGUCAUCCAGCUUUGACAUAGACACCCCCGACGACUUUGGGAGGACGUGUUUACACGCCGCGGCAGCAGGGGGGAACCUGGAGUGUUUAAAUCUCCUGCUCAACACUGGAGCAGACUUUAACAGGAAGGACAGAUUUGGGAGGACGCCCCUGCACUAUGCGGCGGCGAACUGUAACUAUCAGUGCCUGUUUGCUCUGGUGGGCUCUGGGGCCAGUGUGAACGAUCUGGAUGAGAGGGGCUGCACCCCACUGCACUACGCUGCUGCCUCCGACACCGACGGGAAAUGUCUGGAGUACCUGCUGCGGAACGACGCUAACCCAGGGAUCCGGGAUAAGCAGGGCUACAACGCAGUCCACUACGCCUCCGCCUACGGCCACCGCCUCUGCCUUGAGCUGAUUGCCAGUGAAACACCACUGGAUGUGCUGAUGGAGACGUCAGGGACGGACAUCCUGAAUGACACAGAUGGCCGAGCUCCCAUCAGCCCACUGCACUUAGCGGCCUACCACGGCCAUCACCAGGCUCUGGAGGUGCUGGUCCAGUCUCUGCUGGACCUGGAUGUGCGCACGUCUCUGGGCCACACGCCGCUGGUGCUGGCUGCCCUCAAGGGCCACGUGGAGUGUGUGGACGUGCUCAUCAACCAGGGGGCCUCCAUCCUCGUCAAGGACUACACCCAGAAGAGGACCCCUAUCCACGCAGCAGCUAUGAAUGGCCACUCUGAGUGUCUCCGUCUGCUCAUCGGCAGUGCUGAUCUGCAGACCGCGGUCGACAUUCAAGACGGGAACGGACAGACGCCACUGAUGCUCUCGGUGCUGAGCGGCCACACGGACUGCGUCUACUCGCUGCUGGGCAAAGGGGCCAACGUGGAGGCCCGAGACAAGUGGGGCAGGACGGCCCUCCACCGCGGGGCGGUGACGGGGCACGAGGCGUGUGUGGAGGCUCUGCUGCAGCAUAGUGCCACUCUGCUGGUCAGGGACUGUAGGGGCCGCUCUCCACUGCACCUGGCGGCGUCCUGCGGCCACAUCGGCGUUCUCGGAGGACUCCUGCAGGCAGCCCAGUCCCUGGACGCUGUCCCCAUUGUCACGGACAACAGAGGCUACACGCCGCUGCACUGGGCCUGCUAUAAUGGCCAUGACACAUGUGUGGAGAUGCUACUGGAGCAGGACGUGUUCCACAAAAUGGAUGGCAACUCCUUCAGUCCACUGCACUGUGCUGUUAUCAAUGAUAAUGAGGGGGCAGCUGAGAUGCUCAUCGACACGCUUGGCCCCACCAUCGUCAACGCCACAGACUCCAAAUCCAGAACCCCCCUGCAUGCGGCGGCUUUCACGGACCACGUGGAGUGUCUGCAGCUUCUGCUGGGACAUAACGCCCAGGUGAACUCCAUCGACGCCAUGGGCAAGACCCCGCUUAUGAUGGCUGCCGAAAACGGCCAGACCAACGCCGUGGAGGUCCUGGUGAGCAGCGCCAAAGCAGACCUCACUCUACAGGAUGGCAACAAGAACACAGCCCUGCACCUGGCCUGCAGCAAGGGGCAUGAAACCAGUGCCUUGUUGAUUCUGGAGAAAAUCACUGACCGGAAUCUCAUCAACUCCACCAACGCAGCACUACAGACGCCCCUGCAUGUGGCAGCCAGGAACGGGCUCACGGUGGUGGUGCAGGAGCUCCUGGGGAAGGGAGCCAGUGUCCUGGCGGUGGACGAGAAUGGUUACACUCCGGCGCUGGCCUGCGCCCCCAACAAAGACGUGGCCGACUGCCUGGCACUCAUCCUGGCCACCAUGAUGCCCGUGUCGCCAGGCAGCGUGGGUGCCGUGCCCGGCCUGACCUACAGCGCCAUCAACCACUACCCCAGCCCUUCCAAGGCUGUAACCUUUGACCCGCUGCCGGCGCUGCGCUCGGAGCACGCGUCCUACUGCAGCUUCAACAGCCUGGGCCACCGCGAGGACGGCCUGAUCGCCCCCGACGACGAGCUCAACGACUCUGACUCGGAGACCUACUGAGCUAGGCCUGCGCCUUGUUGACUGACUGUCUUAAAAAAAUAAAAUAAACAAAUGAACAAUAAAAAAAA